GAGGCCCCGCGUGGGUGACGGCCAGGCCUCUGCCUUUCCAGGCAGAACCCGGCCCUUGGUGGGAGCGCGCGAAGCCGGCGUUGCCAGGGAACCCCGCAUUGUGUCAUGGAAUUCCGAGUGUUUGGAUGUGGACUAGUCCCCUGCAGGCAGAAGUUCGGGGACAUUUGGCGGGGUUGUCCGACGACGCUGGACGCUUUCCUCGGAGCUGAAUGGGUCGUUCUCUAAACCCGUAGCGAUGUCGUCCUGGCUUGGGGGCCUCGGCGCUGGCGUGGGCCAGUCUCUGGGUCGAGUGGGGGGUAGCCUGGCUUCCCUCACUGGCCAGAUUUCAAAUUUGACAAAGAAGAUGCUGAUGGAGGGCGCGGAGGACGUGGAAGAAUUACCUCAUUCUAGGAGAACAGAAAUUGAAGCCAUUCAUGCAGUCAUAAAAUCAGAGAAUGAAAGACUGGAAAAACUUUGUACUGAUCUCAAAGAGAAAUAUGAAGCCUCAGAGCUUCAAAUAAAGCAGCAAUCUACAAAUUACCGAAAUCAACUACAACAGAAACAGGUAGAAAUCAGCUACCAUAAAGCAAGACAGAUUGCGCUACAGGAUCAGUUGCUGACACUGCAGUCAGCCACUCAGUCAGUACAUUCAGGAGCUGGUGGUAUACCAGCAACCCCUGCAUCUUCUUCAUUCGGUUGUGGGAUCAGUCAUCAUGCCUCAGCUUUCCGUGAUGAUGACAUGGACUUCGGAGAUAUUAUUUCAUUACAACAAGAAAUAAACAGAUUGUCAAAUGAAGUUUCAAGACUCGAGUCUGAAGUUGGCUAUUGGAGGCAUAUUGCUCAGACUUCUAAAGCACAAGGAACACAUAGCUCUGACCAAAGAGAAAUCUUCAAACUGCAAAAUAUCAUUAAGGAACUUAAACAGAACCGAAGUCAGGAAAUUGAUGACCAUCAACGUGAAAUCUCAGUAUUGCAGAAUGUUCAUCAACAGAAAUUGACACAAAUGCAUCGUCAGUAUCGAGAGGGAUUAAGCUACUAUGAAGAACGAAUUGAAGAACUCAAAAACCUGUUACAAGAAGGUGGCUCAGAAGUUACAGGAACUGAUCACUCUAAAAUCUAUGAGAUGCAAAAAACUAUUCAAGUUCUACAAACUGAAAAAAUGGAAUCUACAAAAAAAAUUGAAGAACUUGAGGAUAAAAUAAAAGACCUAAAUGAAAAAUUAUCUUCUGCUGAAAAUGACAGAGAUGUUUUAAGGAGAGAACAAGAACAACUAAACGUGGAAAAGAGACAAAUAAUUGAAGAAUGUGAAAGCUUGAAACUGGAUUGCAGUACAUUGCAAUUGUAUGCUAUGAAGCAAAGUGAUUGUGUGACAGAAAAAGAAAGAAUUCAUCCACAGAGUCCAUCAGUGGAAGAAGUGGUCACACUACAACAACAACUGCCUGAUGCUGAAAAUGAAAUGAGACUGAAUAGUUUAAACCAGGAUAACAGUCUCACUGAAGACAAUGAGAACCUUAAAAUGCAUGUCCAAGUUUUAGAAAAAGAGAAUUCAUUAUUGAGCCAAGAAAAGAUGGAACUUCAGAUAUCACUUUUAAAACUGAACAAUGACUAUGAAGUACUGAAAAGUGCAGCUGCAAAAGAUAAGAGUUUGGAAUCAAAAUUACGUGACUUAAGACUUAGUUUGGAGGCAAAGGAACGAGAACUCAAUCAGAGUAUUAAUGAAAAGGAAAUGCUGCUAUACAUGUUAGGAGAAUUGGACAAACAGAACCAAGAAAUUACAAAGCACCUUAUUUUGAUAAAAGAUCAGCUAUCAAAACAACACAAUGAAGGAGAUAGCAUUAUCAGUAAACUGAAACAAGAUCUAGAUGAUGAAAAAAAGAUAGUUCAUCAACUCGAGGAUGAUAAAAUGAACCUUACUAAAGAGUUAGACAUGCAAAAAGAAGAGUUAAUUCAAAGUGAACUGGUCCUGAAUGACUUGCAUUUAAUCAAAGAGGCACUUGAGGAUAAAGUAGAAGAUUUAGUAGAUCAGCUAAGUAAAUCACAAAAAAAUAAUUCAAACAUCCAGAAGGAGAUCCUUGAACUUAAGGAACAUAGUAGACAAAAUGAGGAAGAGCUUUCUAGAGUCAGGAAUGAGUUAACCCAGUCUCUUAAUCAAGACUCUAAUAGUACUUUUAAGGAUAACAUACUUAAAGAAAGGGGCGCUGAAGUUAGAAACUUAAAGCAAAGUCUUUCAGAAAUAGAACAGCUCAAUGAAAAUUUACAGAAAGUUGCUUUUGAUCUGAAAAUGGAAAAUGAAAAGUUGGUUUUAACAUGUGAAGACGUAAGACAUCAGUUGGAAGAAUCUGUAGCCGGGAACAGUCAGAUUUCUCUGGAAAAAAACACUAUUGUGGAGAAUUUAAAAAUGGAAAAAGGACAGCUAGAAGCAGAAUUGUGUCAGGCUAAAGAGAGGCUGUUGGAAGAAGCAAGCAAGUAUGAGCAAAACAUUGAAGAACUAUCAAAUGCACAUAACUCGAGCACCUCUGCCUUACAGCUGGAACGUGAGUGUUUAAUUCAACUCAGUCAAGAGAAAGACUUUGAAAUAGUAGAACUCAAAAAGAAUAUUGAGCAAAUGGAUACCAAUCAUAAAAAAACUAAGGAAAUUUUGUCAUCUAGUGAAGAAGAGCAGAAGCAAUUGACAGAAGUUAUAAAGGAAAAAGAACUUUUUAUUGAAAAACUUAAAGAAAAGUGUUCAGAGCUGCAGGAGGAAUUAGAUAAAUAUUCUCAGGCCUUAAUGCCAAAUGAAAUUUUAAGGCAGACCAUUGAGGAAAAGGACAGAAGUCUUGGAGCCAUGAAAGAAGAAAACAGUCAUCUGCAAGAAGAACUGGAACAACUCAGGGAACAGCAGAGUCAAGCUGCACCUGUGGCUGAGCCCAAACCACUUGAUAGUAUUACAGAACUAGAAUCAGAGGUAUCUCAACUGAAUAUAAUCAAGGGUCAUCUUGGAGAGGAAAUUAAACAUCAACAGAAGAUAAUCGAAGAUCAAAACCAGAGUAAAAUGCAACUACUUCAAUCUUUACAGGAGCAGAAGAAGGAAAUGGAUGAGUUUAGAUACCAGCAUGAGCAAAUGAAUGUCACACACACCCAGCUCUUUUUAGAGAAAGAUGAGGAAAUUAAGAAUUUGCAAAAAGCAGUUGAACAAAUCAAAACCCAGUUGCAUGAAGAAAGACAGGACAUUCAAAUGGAGAAUCCUGAUAUUUUACAAGAAACAAGAGUUCAGAGCCUUAAUAUAGAAAAUGGAAGUGAAAAGCAUGAUUCAUCUAAAGCUGAAACUGAAAGAUUAGUGAAAGAAAUAAAAGAAUGAGAACUAGAGAUUAAACUUCUAAAUGAAAAGAAUAUAUCUCUAACUAAACAGAUCGAUCAGUUGUCCAAAGAUGAGGUUGGUAAAGUAACUCAGAUUAUCCAACAGAAAGAUUUGGAGAUAGAAGCUCUUCACACUAGAAUUUCUUCAGCUUCCUACACCCAGGAUAUUAUGUACCUUCAACAGCAAUUGCAGGUCUAUGCUAGGGAAAAAGAACAAGUAUUAGCUGUUUGGGAUGAGAAGACUAGGGAAAAUAGCCAUCUAAAAGCAGAUUAUCAUAAAAUGAUGGAUAUAGUUGCAGCCAAAGAAGCAGCCCUCAUUAAGCUGCAAGAGGAAAACAACAAAUUGUCCACUGGAUUUGAGCGUAGCAGCCAAGAUAUGUUUAGAGAAAGUGUUCAGAAUUUAUCACGUAUCAUUCGAGAAAAAGACAUUGAAAUAGAUGCAUUAAGUCAGAAAUGUAAGACUUUAUUAGAAGUUUUACAAACAUCCAGCACUGGUAAUGAGGCUGGAGUUGUUAACAGUAAUCAGUUCGAGGAGCUUUUACAGGAACGGGAUAAAUUAAAACAGCAAGUAAAGAAAAUGGAAGAGUGGAAACAGCAGGUGAUGACCACCGUCCAAAAUAUGCAACACGAGUCAGCUCAAUGUGAGAAAGCACUUCUUCAACUUCAGGCAGAAGUUUUGGUUGACAGUGAUAGUAAUUCUAAAUUACAAGCGGACUAUACUGGCCUGAUCCAAAGUUACAAGCAGAAUGAAACCAAACUCAAAAGUUUGGGGCAGGAAUUAGCAAAAGUUCAGCAUAGCAUGGGGCAGCUUUGCAAUACUAAAGAUCUUCUUUUAGGAAAACUUGAUAUUAUUUCAUCCCAGCUCUCUUCUGAAAAAGAUGCAACAAUUAGAACUCUCCAGGAAAGUAAUCACAGAUUCUCUGAUUCGAUUGCCAUCACCUCAGAGCUAGAAGAAAAAGAACAUGAACAAACUGAUUCAGAAAUUAAGCAGCUAAAGGAGGAACAAGAUGUUUUACAGAAGUUACUUAAAGAAAAAGACCUCUUAAUCAAAGCCAAACGUGAUCAAUUACUGUCUUCAAAUGAAAGUUUCACUAACAAAGUGAAUGAAAAUGAACUUUUGAGGCAGGCAGUAACAAACCUGAAGGAGAGAAUAUUAAUUUUAGAAAUGGACAUUUAUAAACUAAAAGGGGAAAAUGAAAAAAUAGUAGAAACAUCCAGGGGAAAGGAAGCAGAAUAUGAAGCAUUACAGGAGACUAAUAUGAAGAUUUCUAUGAUGCUGCGAGAGAAAGAGUUUGAGUGCCAAUCGAUGAAGCAGAAGGCUCUUGCUCUUGAGUAAAUACUGGAAGAAAACGAACGGGGCAAGACUGGGGAGUUAAAUCAGCUUCUAAAUGCAGUUAAGUCAAUGCAGGAGAAGACAGUUACAUUUCAACAGGAGAGAGACCAAGUCACAUUGUCCCUGAAUGAGAAACAAAUGGAAAACAGUACCCUACAGAAUGAGGUUCAACAUUUAUGUACCAAAGAAUUACGGUUAAACCAGGAGCUAGAGAGAUUGCAUAAUCAUCUUUUAGAAUCAGAAGAUUCUUAUACCUGUGAGGCUUUGGCUGCUGAAGAUAGAGAGGCUAAACUAAAAAAGAAAGUCACAGAAUUGGAGGAAAAGCUAGUUUCAUCCACCAAUGCAAUGGAAAAUGCAAGCCAUCAAGCCCGUGUGCAGGUACAGUCAUUACAGGAGCAAUUGAAUGUGGUCUCCAAGCAAAGGGAUGAAACUGCACUGCAGCUUUCAGUCUCCCAGGAACAAGUAAAGCAGUAUACUCUAUCACUAGCCAACCUGCAGAUGGUCCUAGAGCACUUUCAGCAAGAGGCAAAAGCUAUGUAUUCUGCUGAACUAGAAAAGCAAAAACAGCUUAUGGCUGAGUGGAAGGAAAAGGCAGAAAAUCUGGAAGGAAAAGUGGUGUCAUUACAGGAACAUUUGGAUGAAACAAAUGCAGUGUUGGAUUCAGCGUCAAGACUUACAGAACAGUUAGACCUAAAGGAAGAACAAAUUGAAGAACUUAAAAAACAGAAUGAGCUCCAACAAGCAAUGCUGGAUAAUGUACAAAAGAAAUUGGUGAACUUAGUAGACAGUGCAGAAGGAAAAGUGGACAGAGUCCUAAUGAGAAACCUCUUUGUUGGACAUUUCCACACACCAAAAAAUCAGCGUCAUGAAGUGUUGAGAUUGAUGGGAAGCAUCCUGGGUAUUGAAAGGGAGGAAAUGGAGCAGUUGUUUCAUGAAGAUCAGGGUGGUGUGACCAGGUGGAUGACUGGGUGGCUUGGAGGAGGAUCAAAAAGUGUCACCAACACACCUUUGAGACCAAAUCAGCAGUCUGUGCUUAAUAGUUCUUUUUCAGAACUUUUUGUUAAAUUUCUGGAAACAGAGUCUCAUCCAUCUGUUCUACCACCAAAACGUUCUGGUCAUGAUAUAAAACCUCUAGAUUCACUAGGAAGGAGAAAACUAGAUACAAAUGUACCAGAAAGUUUUAGAGAUACAACAGAAUCCAGGUCUGGUAGAAGAACAGACAUGAAUCCAUUCCUGGCUUCCCGCUCUGCAGCUGUGCCUCUUAUUAACCCAGCUGGACUUGGACCUGGUGGGCCCGGGCAUCUUCUUUUGAAACCCAUCUCAGAUGUUUUGCCCACAUUUACACUUUUGCCAGUGUCACCUGAAAACAGCACUGGAGUUGCAUUGAAACCAGAGAUGAUAUAG